AUGUUCUACCUGACAAGAAGCGAUCUCCCAAUCUUCAUACCGCUGGGCUUUGUCGGUGUCUAUCGAUGGUUUUGGUUUCUUAUUAAAAUACUCGCAUGGACUCUAUACAAACCCAUCAAGCCGAGAAAGAAGCCCACGUUUAGAUCCAGUCGAGAUGUUACCAUCUUGGUUCCUACUAUUGACUCGGGAGAGGAAAUCAAAAAGGCUGUUCGUAGUUGGCUCAAGUGUGAUCCAUAUGAGAUCAUCUUCAUCACUGUGCCGAAAGCAAAACCAGCAUUAGAGGGAUUAGCGCGUGAAGUUGAUCCUGAGGGCAGGAAAGUUCGAGUGAUUACUAUCGCCAAACCAAAUAAACGUAAUCAAAUGGUUGCUGGAAUCAACCAAGUUAAGACUGAGAUAACAGUCUUUUGUGAUGAUGAUGUCUUGUGGCCGGAUACCAUGUUGACAUAUAUGCUGGCUCCGUUUGAUGACAAGCAGAUGGGUGGUGUAGGAACAUCGCAGACUGUAUUACCUGUCGGAAAGCAUAUGACCAUUUGGGAGAUUUUGUCUGCUUACCGUAUCUCUAUGCGAAACAUUGAGAUUACUUCAUCUACAUAUAUAGAUGGUGGUGUCUGCUGCCUGUCUGGUCGCACAGCUGCCUACAGAACAUGUAUAUUACGAGACCCAGACUUCCAAUGGAUGUUUACCCACGAGUACUGGUAUGUCUGGUGGUUUGGCAAAUGGCUCCGCUUCCACCAGCACUCUGGAGAUGAUAAAUUCCUUACUCGCUGGCUCAACACACAUCAAUGGAAGACAUACAUUCAAGCAUGUAAACAGGCGGAACUGAUGUCAACCUUUAAAGACAAUUGGAGAUUUUUAAAGCAAAUCACUAGAUGGACUCGAAACACGUGGCGUAGUGAUAUAAAGAGUCUCUUUUUGGAACGCCAAGUAUGGUCUCGCUACCCAUUCGUCGCCUUUACCAUGUUUGAUAAAUUCUUCAACCCGAUUACGUUACUGGCUGGUCCCAUCUCGGUUAUAUAUCUAUGUACACGACCGCAUGGAGGACUGGAUCCAUGGAUUAUUAUUGUAUCGUAUCUCGUCUGGCUCGGUAUGACUCGUCUCAUAAAGUAUAUGCCUCAUUUUGUCCAUCGACCGCAGGACGUCCUUGCCAUCCCCGUUUGGAUUGUAUUUAAUAUUGUGUUUGCCAUCAUGAAGGUGUACUGCCUGUGCACGCUUCACAAGACGGAUUGGGGGACUCGUAAAGGUGCCGAUGAUAAACGGGCAGACAAGGAAGAUUACUCCAUCUUUUUACCGCAUUGGCAAGAUCAGCCAAUCAAGUCUGAAUCAUCGAAAUAUAGAAAUAGUAUACUCUUGGGUGAUAGUGAUGCUACGUUGCUAGGAGGUAUACAUGGACAAGAAGUAGAUCCUUUGGUUAAUUUGACGCAACCGCAUCGUCCUACUGUACCAAUGUCGCAGGAGAUAUCCGUUGUUGGACAACCACCACCAAACGCUAUCGCAAAUACUCGUGAUAGCUUUAUAGAUGGUAUAAUAUCGCCAACGACACCUGAAGCUGUCACAGACUUCACAGUGAAUAGUGGCGGCAGUAAUAGAAACACGGAACCUGAAGUCGGGCCGGCUGAAGUCGUGCAGGUGAAUAGACCAGAAUCUGAAAUACUACCUGUGAUGACUUCUCCACGAACCACAUCUGUCGCUUACACUGCUGCAGCAGGCUCUAGCAGUAGUAAUAGUGUUAAUAGUGGUAGUGCCGCAUCUCAGCCGACUCCAUAUGCUGCUUCCGCUGAUAUCAUGAAAUGGACUGCCCCUCAAUACAGUCAACGACUAGCAUCAAUCCGUACACCGGGCGCACCGCUGCCUCGACCUCCAACAAUGAGACCACCACCUCAACAACAGCAGCAACAGAAUACCAGAACGCCCUUGUUUGGACGGCCACGGCCCGUAUCUGGAUCACAACAGCAGCUGCAGCGUCCACCGCUUCGACCUAUAAAUACAUCAGUAAGACCAAUCCCAGGAUCCAUCAUGAGACGACCGGAUGCAGUGCCCCAAGUGUCUCCAUCACCACGAUUCGUAAACGCUGGCACACGGUCACCAGUGCGACCACCGCCACCGCAACUAGUAGGCAGGCGAGCAUCUCCCAAUGGCUCUCCCAAUGGUUCCCCAACAGGUUCCCCUCGACUAGGACCGCUACCGAUAAACGCCGUCCCAUCAUAUAGAUCAUCAAACGACCUGCCACUACCACAACUCGGAGGUGGUGCAUACUCCCCCACCAACUCCCCAACACGACUACCAGGAUUGGCAUAUCAGUCUGGAGCUAGCGUGAUAUCAAACACUGGCACCGACCUAUCACACCUGUCUGGCUUCAACUGGAAGGAAGAUAGUAGCAGCAGCAGUGAAUACAAUAGUAGAGACUCAUCAGUCAUGUCUGGAAUGGAAACACCACAUAGAUUCUCAUCAGCAACAUCAACAGCCAUGACCGAUGACAGUUAUUUGGCCUCAAGUCCUCAUUUAUUAGAUAUAAGAAAGCAGCAAUUCCAACAAUUACCACAGGUUUCACAGCUAUCACAACAACAGCAGCAACGAGGAAUGGCUGGACCAGCUAGUAGAGUAGUCACAAAUCCAGUGAUUGAACGUGUGAAUAAGAUGCGUUUGGCUAAUGGGUUGCCACCUGUUGCUCCUGGUCGAGAGUCAUAG